CUCCGUACCGGACAGGCUCGAUCAAUAAUAACACGUCUCCUCCAGACGGCAGUAGCGAUCAGGUGCGUGCUGGUUCACCCAAAAGUUUGUUACUAGCGAUGAAAUCACCGUUCGAUCGGUUGUUUCUUGGAAAGAACAACAACAACAACAAAAACGUUGGUGAACGUUCGUCGGAUCACCUUCGUUCCGGCGAUGCUACUCCGUCAUAUACUGUGUAAAUUGGUUAUUAAGAACGUCUCUUGUACAUAAUUUUUUUUUUUUCUGCAUUCUGCAUUCUUCGUUUUCGUUUUUUUAAACGUUACGUUACGGAACAAUCGAACAUACGAGGUCCAGUUCUGUUUUUUUUUUUUUCCCAAUUUCAUUAGGAUUUAAUAUGGUAUUUUAUGAAAUGUUGGGGUUAAAUUGUAAUGAACUAUUUAUACGGAAAACGUAUUGAAAUUAUGUAAAAGUCUUAAUCAAAGUACAAUUAGCGUUUGCAAAAUUGCGUGUCUGAGAGAGUGAUGACGAUUAUGUACAAUAUCGCCAAAGCUACCUUACGAAACAGGAACUCAAGCUUCGCUUCGCUACUCUACACUCUCCAGGCUCGUUCUAUCUCCAGGCAAAGUAAGCCUGAUAGAAUGGUUGGGACAAAUGAGAUGAAUGUAACUCGUGUUCUAUGUUGCGGUCCUUAUUUUCCUGAUGCCUGUAAUUUCACCAGAGAAUAUUUGCAACCUUACCCUUUUGUUCAGGUCGAUAUUGUCCAUUACCGUGAUGUCCCUGAGGUUAUAAAGAACUAUCAUAUAUGUGUGGCAAUGACGAUGAAAAUGGAUUCAUAUGUUAUAUCUCGUGCGAGCAAGAUGAAGCUUAUUAUGCAGUAUGGUGUUGGUCUCGAUGGUGUUGACAUUGAUGCUGCAACUAAACAUGGGAUUAAGGUGGCUAGAAUUCCCAGUGAGGGUACUGGAAAUGCAGCAUCUUGUUCUGAAAUGGCUAUAUAUCUUAUGCUGGGCCUUCUGAAGAAACAGAACGAAAUGCAAGUAUCUCUGAGAAGCAGACUACUUGGAGAACCAACCGGUGACACGCUUCUCGGUAAAACAGUUUUUAUCUUAGGAUAUGGAAACAUUGGAAUAGAGCUGGCUAAACGGUUGAAGCCAUUUGGAUCGAGAGUAAUAGCCACAAAAAGAAGCUGGCCUGCUUCUAUCACUGACUCAUACUCCAGUCUUCUUGAUGAGAAAGGUAGCCAUGAAGACAUUUACUCAUUCGCGGGCAAAGCUGAUAUAGUUGUCGUUUGUUUGAGGCUCAACAAAGAAACGGCGGAGAUCGUGAACAAAAAGUUCAUAUGUUCAAUGAAAAAGGGUGCUUUUCUUGUAAAUAUUGCCCGNAAACGUUGGUGA